GAGACAGGACAAUGAGAGCAUCAGGAUCAGCACACUCUGCCACCACCCCCACCGCCCCAUUGAAAACCUCAUGGUCCCCAACUACAACACCUCGCGCUGCGUCAUGGCCCCUCAGCCCAGCGAGGAUGGGAUCCUCUACAUCUGUGGCUGUGUGGACGAGCAGGAGUGCAACGACAAACUUAUCUUUGAAAACCACACCAAUGGUUACUCCAUGCUGCAGAGCAAGGAGGUGAUCCCGGUGGCCGCCAUCAGCCUCCUGCCCCCGCUGCUGGUGGCGGUGAUGAUCACGGUGAUAUUUUACCUCUGCCGCACGCAGAAGCGGCGGAAGAGAGCCAAGGCUUGGGGUGGGAAACCGGGACAGCCCCCGGCACUGCCGGAGCCGGGGAGGGCUGCCGAGAGGGAGGAGAAGCUGUCGGUGCUGAUGGAGGACAGCCCGGCCAACGCCAGCCCCACUGGUGCCAGCAGCCGCCCCGCUGAGCUGCUCCCCAUCGAGCUGGACGAGAUGGUGGGCAAAGGGCAGUUCGCGGAGGUGUGGAGGGCCAAGCUGAGCCACAGCCGCUCGGGGCAGUACGAGACGGUGGCCGUGAAGAUCUUUCCCUGUGAGGAGUACUCCUCCUGGAAGAACGAGAGCCAGAUCUUCACCGAUGCCAGCCUGAAGCACGACAGCGUCCUGCGGUUCCUUACUGCCGAGGACCGGGGCACGGGGCCCCGCCGGGAGUACUGGCUCAUCACCGCCUACCACAGCCGGGGCAACCUCAAGGACUACCUGUCCCGUCACAUCCUGAGCUGGAUGGACCUGCAGAAGAUGGCGAGCUCCCUGGUGAGUGGGGUGGCUCACCUCCACAGCGACUACACCGCCUGCGGCAGGCCAAAAAUCCCCAUCGCCCACCGGGACAUCAAAAGCACCAACGUCCUGGUGAAGAAUGAGCAGGAGUGCGUGCUCUGCGACUUCGGCAUUGCCAUACGCCUCGACCCUUCCCUGACGGUGGACGACUUUGCCAACAGUGGGCAGGUGGGCACUGCCAGGUACAUGGCCCCAGAGGUUCUGGAGUCCAGGGUGAACCUGGAAGACCUGGAGUCUUUCAAGCAGAUGGACGUCUACUCCAUGGCCCUCGUUUUGUGGGAAAUGGCCUCCAGAUGUGAAGUGGUAGGAGAGGUAAAGAAUUAUGAGCUGCCUUUUGGGUCAAAAGUCCAGGAGCAGCCCUGCGUGGACACCAUGAGGGACAUCGUGCUGCAUGGCAGAGGGCGGCCCGAGAUCCCGAGCAGCUGGCUGGUGCAUCAGGGAAUGCGUUUUCUGUGCGACACCAUCACGGAGUGCUGGGACCACGACCCCGAGGCUCGCCUCACCGCCCACUGCGUGGCCGAGCGCUUCAACCUGAUGGCGCAGAUGGACUGCGACGACAUCCUCAACAACAACACGGACAACGAGGCCAGCAAAACAGCAGCUCCAGGCGGGGAGCAGCAGGACAGCGACGGGAGCAGAAAUGCACUGUGACACAGCAGGCAGAAAGCCUUAUUGUGGGAAACGAGAAGAUAAGCGAGAAGCGUUUGGCUCAUGGGGAAAAACCCUUGCUUUUUAAAAAAAAUUGAACUAAGAUCUAGUACAUAACUUAUUUAUAAGAUCUGUUUCCUCCCACAGAUACAAUGAACUGUGGAAUCAAUACUUUGGUUAAAGUGCAACAUUAUAUAUGAACUGAUUUUGUACUUACUUAAAAUGUAUAAUGAUGCAAAGCAUUCCUUAUAUUAUUUUUAAAAUAAUGUUUAAUCUUUUAUUAAUAAGCA